CACUUGAGAAAUUGACAUAUUUAUUGAUUUCUCUAAAUAUAAUAAAGUCUGAUUCUUAAUCAAAAAUCACCAAUUAUUCGGUGAAGCGGCGCAUCCACCAUUUUUUUGACCAUUGUUUGAUUGUGAUAAUUUAGUAGUUGAGUGUGAUCUUGAGUGCGAGGUUUAGAGGUAAACAGGGUGUAGAUUUAACAUAAUAUAACACUUGUUGGGGCCUAAUUCUGUUAGACGAAUCGGUGCAUGCGCUUUUGAAGUGUGUUUCGGGGGCGAUUGGUGGCAAACAGAGAAGGUUGUAGGUUUCUGGGGACGCAGGGUGUGCUAAUCGAUUCGAACCAAAGUUGAAAAAUUUUAGAAAUGUGAAUGCGUUUGACUGGUGUCCAGGUAGGUGUUAUUUAGUCAGUCAUUUAGAGUUAAUUUUGAAUCGAUACUGCUUGUGGUUUUUCUUUUGUUUUUAACGCAUAGGUCCAUUGUUUCAUAUCGACCAUCGCUCGGUUUAACAUCACCUGUCAUUAAAUAAAUUCAUAUUUGGCUCGUUUGUUGUUAAAUGUGGAGCAUUUUUGUUGAUCAAUCAAAGGAUAUGAUGCUGCUUAUUUGAUAAUUUGGACUAUCCUUAAUUGAUCGGAUGUGCGAUUCACUGUUAAUUUUUUUUGGGGGGAUUGACUCGAUUAGAGCAGAAUGGAAACUGAAAAGAAGGAAUAUAGGCUCGUUUUGCCAGUGCCGAUGUAUCACAAUGAUUACAACAUUUGGUCAGUAUUAAAAAACUGUAUUGGAAAAGAAUUAAGCAAAAUCACAAUGCCAGUGGUAUUUAAUGAACCAUUAAGCUUCCUGCAAAGGAUGGCUGAAUAUAUGGAAUAUUCACAUCUGCUUCGUUUGGCUUCGCAACAACAAGAUCCCAUAACUCGAAUGCAAUAUGUCAUAGGUUUUGCCGUCAGUGCUCUAGCAUCUAACUGGGAACGUCUUGGUAAACCAUUUAAUCCUCUAUUGGGAGAAACUUACGAGUUAGAAAGAGAAGAAUUUAAAAUAAUUUGUGAACAAGUCAGUCAUCAUCCACCAGUCUCAGCUUUUCACGCUGAAAGCAAAGAUUGGGUAUUUCACGGUUCAAUCCACCCAAAAUUAAAAUUUUGGGGAAAGAGUGUCGAAAUUCAACCAAAAGGCACAGUCACUGUUGAGUUUCCUAAACUAAAUGAGGCCUACACUUGGAGCAAUGUUCAGUGUUGUGUUCACAAUAUUAUUGUUGGAAAACUAUGGAUGGAACAAUGUGGGACGAUGGAAAUCAUUAAUCACUCGACUGGACAUAAGGCCCACUUGACAUUCAAACCCGCAGGAUGGAAUUCCAAGGAUUUGCAUCGAGUGGAAGGCUACAUUAUGGAUAAAUCGAAGCGUAAACUAUUUUUCAUUUACGGAAAAUGGACCGAGUUUAUUAAAUGCACAGACUAUACAUCCUACGAGGAUUACUUGAAAGAAAAUUCGCACAAAUUUAAGCGCGAUGGCGACAAGAGUAAGAGUCCAAGCGAUUCUCCAUCUCACACUUCCAGGAAAGUUUUGCAAAAAUUGAAUAGCUUGAAAGUUAGUCCUUUCAAGUCAAACACAAGUCAAGAGAGUAUGGAUGAAUGUGCUCCUCCUGACAUUCCGGAUGGCAUGGUUCCAAAAAGCGAUUCUACCUACUCUAUUGAUAUCUCCAAUUCGAUAACAAUCUGGAAAGUUAAACCUCGGCCAAUGCAAAGCAGUGACUAUUACCAGUUUACUGAAUUCGCCAUGUCCUUAAAUGAACUGGAACCUGGAAUGGAGACAAGUUUAUGUCCAACCGACUCACGUCUUCGACCGGACAUACGAAAGUUGGAGCAGGGCGAUAUUGAUGGAGCCGCUAUUGAAAAAACCCGUCUCGAGGAGAAACAAAGAGAUGCGAAUAAACACCGCAAAAGCAAGAAAGGGACAGAGUGGAGUCCCAGGUGGUUUAACUCGGGGAUUAAUCCAUACACCAAGCAGGAGGAUUGGAUCUACAAUGGGAAUUACUGGAAGAGGGAAUACACCGAUAAUCCUGAUAUAUUUUAAAUCAGUCAGUAGCCGAUCGAUCGGAUAGAAUUUAGGAAUUUAAUGUGAAAUAUAUAAAUUUUGACCACCAGUUUGGCAAUGUUGACAGUGUAUUAAUCCUUAGCCUGAUUCAUUUGUUGGAGAUCGAAAUUAAUUAUGCCUUGAUGAUUUUGUAGACAACGUGCUCAAGGAUAAGUACCUUCGCGCUUGGUCAUAGGAAACGUUAUAUAAUAUCAAUGUCUGUGCCAAAAGAGCACUUUACCAUCAUAGUUUACUUGUAUAGCGCUUUAUUGCUUCCAAAAAUUGGAAAAUACGUAUCUACCUGUCCUUACAAAUAUCACCUAUGCAAUAAUUUUCAAGCAGGGACUUAGUUCUUGUUUGUUGAUAUCAAUGUGUAUGUUCACGAACUUGUAGAUUUAUUCGAUAAAAUCGGCGCAACGCAUUAUGGUUGCCAUACUGAUAUUUUCGUAAUCUUUUAGGACACUAUAAAUAGAUUUAGUUACCAGUUGCGAAUCAUUGUUGCAAAUAAUUGUCUAUAUAAAGUAGGUAGUGGCCUGAUACUUAUUGCAAAAUUAGAAAUUCAGUUCAAAAAUUGUUUUUGUACAAUUUAUUCGAUUUAAUUGCAUUUUUUUAUUACGAAGGAUCAUAUGAUAUACAGUGAUGUAGGUAAAAUUAAGGUAUACACAGUAUAUUGAGAAUUAUGUUUUGAUCUGUACAUUAUUAACCAAUAAAUAUUUUAUUAUUAUU